CAGCUUGGAGCUGGAGAAAUUAUAAUUAUGCUGCUCCAGAUGGCUUGCAUAUUGUGUUGCUGUUGGAAAGAGCUUUCAUCUUUAUCGCACAAUAAAAUCAUCUCGGUGAGCAGACGCGUCAAACUUAAAGACGCAGCCAUUAUAACAUCUCUAGAGGUCUGCGCAUUUCCUGCAGCCAGCCCUCUUCUUUCAAAGUGUAAAACGAGAGUGACACUGAUGAUGCUCGCAAGAAACUGAGAAACUGUGACUCCCGCUUACUGUUAAUCCUGGCGGACAAUGCCAAGAAAAGCCCAAGGGGGAAGAUGUAUGAGGUCUUUGUCCUUAUCAGCUCAGCAGGCUCUCAGAGGGCAGAGCGGUUGUGGCGCCUCCAAUGAUCACUUGUGUUCACCGACCUGCCCUAUUAUCAUGUGUGCUCGCUGAUAUAACAGUGACAUCAAUCUGCUGUGAACCAGGCCAUACCUCUGCCAAGUUAAACAAUCAAAGCCGUGCAUAAGGUGCCCUGUGAAUUCACACACCCAUGCAAAAACACAUGCCCACAUAUUUCUCUCUAGGGACGCUGGAGUUCAUUUGGCAGGGAGCCUGUCGUGAUCUAUGCAUGUCAUUUUUCUCACCAACAUGCUGUUCUGGGAGGUUUUACAGAGCUUACACUUUUUUGCUAAACAUUUCGGCUCAUUUCAGACUUUAUCUGAGCACAGACCUACUACAGCAUUUAGACAUUCAAGUCCUUUUAAGCAUCUGGUCACAAGGUAAGUCUGCAUGAGCGAUUUGCAUCUAAUACAAACAUUAUGUCCAUUUUGAAGCAAUAUGUGGGUUUCUUUUUGCAGUAAUACUCCUAAUGCUCUUUUCAGUAGGAUUAUGACAUAAUUAAAUCACUGACUUUGUGUGUUUUCAGGGAUAUGAAGCUGGUUGCAGGGUUAGCCGUGCUGUGGCUGUGGGUUGCGGAGGCCGUGGAAAACUGCCCCAGUGCUUGUAAAUGCAGCCAGAAAUCCAGUACGGAAAAGACUGAAGUCAAUUGUCAAAAGAAGGUGAAAAUUUACUGCAGGACCUCCCAGCCAACAUCCUGCGCUCUGUCCCAAAAAUCGAGAGUGUAAACUUAGAGCAAAACUCAAUCAAAUCAAUACACCCUCAAGCAUUUGCUGGUGCCCAGCGACUGAUGCUUCUGAAUCUGCAAGGAAACCGAAUGUCCAAACUCCCAGAGAAGGGCUUCAAAGAUCUCCUAAACCUACGCUUUCUCAUGCUGGGCCAGAAUCAGAUAGCUACCCUGAAACCUAACAUAUUCAUUGGCAUGAGGAACCUCUCAGAGCUGGAUCUGCCCCUGAACGCCCUUACUGCUCUCCCACCAAAUGCAUUUAAGCCUCUGAUUGCCCUCAAAGUCCUGGAUCUAGCCGUGAACCACAUCCAAAACAUCUCAUCCAAAGCCUUUGUCGGACUUGAAGGACUGUUUUUUCUCAGUUUGGGCAUCAACAAGCUGAAUAAUAUCCAAGCUGGGACCUUUGCGCCCCUGAUUGAUCUUGAGAUGCUGGUGCUAGACAACAAUUUUCUCUCCACACUUACCGCAGCCACACUAGAAUGUCUUUCCAACCUGCAGGAGCUCUAUGUGAGAAAGAAUGAAAUUGAAAGUCUGCCAGCUGACGUUUUCCGCCACACACCUAAACUUUCUCACGUGGGCUUAAGUGGAAAUCGACUUCAUGCUAUUGAUGGAGACAUGCUAGCCAACAUGCAAGGUAAGAAGUAGGACUUUUAAAAUCAGCUAGUAUGUUGGUUGCCUGAAUGACUAGUUAGCUAGCGGUUCUAAGGAAACUGAAUGUUAUUAGGCUAGUUUGAGGUCCCCCGUCCCUGUUCGGAAUUGUUUCUUAGGGGGUGUUUACAUAAGACAUGCUUAGACCAGAAAUGCUCAAACUAUGAGCCAAAAUUGGCCAGUAAUGCCCUUUGAUUUGGCCCACCAUGUCAUAUCACAAAAAACAAAUACGGAAAUACGAAAAACACAUGCAAGAAUAUCUUCUUUUUAUUUUCUGUUUUUGUUUUAUCUUUUUUUAUUUGAAAUGUAAAGAAAUAUAGUUGAUUUUCUUAUAUUAAUUUUAAUAAUAUAGUUUGAUUUUUGGCCCUCAACAGUAAACAUUUUGAAUAAUUUUGAGCUAGAUGGAGUGCAGUACAUUUUUAUCAUUGAAACAACAUCUUAAACUAAUUAAAUAUAUCAAAUAAAAAUAAACGGAAAAUUCUAGAUAACCUAAUUAUCAUAAUUGCUAGCAGAGAAGAGGAUGUUAAUUGUAAUGACAUCUCUGAUUGAUUCAGGUUUGAAGGAGGUGUUUCUGCAUGACAGCCCAUGGAAAUGUGACUGCAGUAUCAACUCGCUGGUACAUUACAUAGCCCAGACAAGGGCUAAUCACUCUCCUCUGCGAAGACUUCAGUGCACUAGCCCAGAAAAGUUUCGUGAUAGACCCAUCUACCAGCUAAAAUCUGAUGAACUUCCCUGCAGGGCCUAGAAAAUCCUCACGUCUGAUAUUAUAUCACAAACAACCUCCAAAAGUUGGGAACAUGGUGUAAUAACAGCGUGAUACUUUCUGCAACUAAAUGGUGAUGCUUCAUAUAACUCCAACCCAAUGACUUUGACAGGUUAGUGAUAGAGCUGCUGUUCUGCAGAUAGUUCUUAAAAUUAUUGAAUCUAUUUGAUGUAUACAGUAUAUACACAAUAAACACAUCUUGAAACUGCAAAUGAUUUUUUUGUUAGAUGCAGGGAAGCUUAAAGGAAAUAAAUAGAGGUUAGAAAAUCCCUCUGCUCAGAGACCGACUGCAAACUUCCAGCACCACCUGAGACUGAAUUCCUCAUCGGAUUGUUACAGCUGAAUAAGCUUCCUUUGAAAUCAUCACUCUGUCUCUAAAUUCCACCCAGGGCGCUGAGGCUGCAGUCCCACAUAUAGGAGUGGGAUCUUUUCAGAUGCUGGGAAGGUGUUAUUAAAGCAGGCUGCUAAAAUUUAUGCUUUGGUAUUUUACAUAUUAAAUAUAUGUAUAAUAUAAAAUAAUACACACAAAUACAUAAGCUACAGUGUUUUUAUAGUGUAAUAUAAUGAAAUGUCAUAAUAUACUAUAAAAACACUCAAGCAUACAAUGUUUCACACUCAGAUGACUGUGGAUAUCUACUUCUAACUUUCAAACAAAUCCAAAUUACUGGUGCAUUGUGCUUUUGUGCAUAACAAGAUACUCCUUUAACACCUAAUUUCCCCCAGCGUUGCCAUGGCAACCGUAGCUUAUAGUAGGGAGCUCCUGCGGAUGCUUUACCCCUCACUGCAUCACCUCCUCAACCAGCUGUUACCAACUCAGUGUCCUCCAACCGUCUCACUUUCACUAGUAGAUUUACAGUGACGAAUUGGCAUGAUUCUGGCACCAAAUAAACAGCUUUAAAACAGCUUACAUUAAUCAUAGCUAGAGACACCCCCCCAACACUACAUUUGUUAGAAUUCCAUAGAUGAUGGAGAUUAAUUGUUUGUGCUUGCUGUUUUAGUGCAGAGUUUUGUAGUAUUGAUGGGGUUUGUAAAUUGACAUUAUGGCCAUGCACACAAUUGAGAUAAUAGUAAUAUAAGCUUUACUAACCAUCCUAAUUUAUCACCUUGCAUGGUUGUUACACACCUAAAAGGAAAGAUGGAUCUGUCCUUCCUUUCUUUUAGGACAGUAUGACCUAGCUUUUAUACUACCAAACAUUUUUUACGCUCAAAACACAGGUCUGUUCAAGCUUUGCUAAACCUGAUGAAUGGAUGGUGUUCUUUGGUGUUUAACCUUUUUAAUAUUUGAAUAUGAUUAAGAAACUAAUUUCAGCUCUUAAUUAGAAGCCGACGAUUUCAAAGGUACAUCCUUUUAAGAAUGAAAAGCUACACUUGCUUGCUGCUUUUUCUGUAAAAAUUUAGGCAAAAGUGCAAGGGUUGCCAAAAGUGUCUUUAAUAUUGAGUCUUAUUUCCUUAUUUUCUAAGUGAAACAUCCCCACAGCAUGACACUGCUAUCACAAUGUUUCACCAUAGAUACGGUAUUAGCCAGGUGUUAAGCCAUUUUAGUCACAGUGUUCAUUCAGGCUGAAGAGUUUAUUAUUUAUUUCACCAGACCAGAGUUUAUUAUUUAUUUCAACAGACCAGAGAAUCUUUUCCAACAGGAUCUUAGUCCAUUAAUUUCUGUUUGCCAAACUCCACUUGUUUGGUUGUUUUACGUCUUUAUUUAAGAGUGAAUUCCAGUUAAACAUAAUGACUUAAUGAUUAAUGAAACCAUAUGCUGAGAUAGUUUUCCUCCCGGUAGGUCCAGCAGGAGCUCUAACUGCCUAUAGAGUGUCUAAUUGAGUCCUAGGUCACCUUGUCUGCAUUAGAACACAUACACCCAACAGAAAAGUCAUUUCCAAAAAGAUGUUUUCU